AUGUCUGUUAUGGAGGUUAACCAAACGGAUCAAUGCUUCAGGUUUUCCUGUCCAGAGAGAUCUGUAUCUACUGUAUAUGUGUUGUUGUAUGUGUCUGCAGCUGUUGUUGUUCUGCUAACUGUGUGUGGAAAUCUGCUGAUCAUCAUCUCUGUUUGUCACUUCAAGCAGCUCCACACACCGACUAAUAUGCUCAUCCUCUCUCUGGCUGUGUCAGACUUUCUGGUGGGAGCUCUUGUGAUGCCAGCAGCAUUAAUAUGGAUGAUUGAAUCAUGUUGGAUUUUUGGUGCAGUUUACUGUUUGUGUUAUAUAUUGGUCUCUUAUUUUCUCGCAACUACAUCCAUAUUUAAUGUUGCUCUGGUUGCAGUUGAUCGGUAUUUUGCUCUCUCUAAUCCAUUUCUCUACACUGAAACAGUCUCUGUGAGCAUAAUGUGCAUUGUGGUUUUAUGCAACUGGUUUGCAAUAAUGUUUUAUAAUGUAGCACUUCAGCACUUCAAUGGACACUUCACAAGUGUAGUAAUGUGUCCUGGAGACUGCUUUUUUGUCUUAGAUGAGGUCUGGUCUCUGGUUGAUCUUCUGCUGACAUUUGUUUUGCCAUGUGCUGUUAUAGUCAUAUUGUAUGUUCUAGUUUUUGUUAUUGCAAGGAAACAUGCCACUGCAAUCAGAGAGCUUAAUAUUCAUACUAGGGCAUCAAAGAAUAUAACAGACUCUAUGAAGUCAGAGAGAAAAGCAGCUAAAGUACUUGGCAUUUUGGUGUCUGUGUUUUUGGGAUGUUUAUUUCCAUAUUUCAUUUAUACUGUGUUAGGUAAUGUAAUAGAAAUUGAAAUGGGAUCAUUUCAAAAAGUUUUGAUGUUAGUUUAUCUUAAUUCUACCAUUAAUCCAGUUAUUUAUGCUUUGUUUUAUCCGUGGUUUAGGAGGUGUGUUAAACUCACUUUAACUCUACAGAUAUUUAACACAGAUUCAUCACUGAUGAAUGUCCUUUGA